AUGUUGCACCCCCCGCCGUACCUCAGAAAGCCUAUACGAGGCGUUUUCCUCCUUGGUUUGCUUAUUAGUUCACCAUGCUGUUCAACCGCGAUAGAGCUCGAGUCAGGCCUCCCACGAACGCUGACGCCCAUCCGCCAUGCCAACACUUCCACUCUGUCCAUCGCUUACUACGACUCGGCACCGGGCGACUCGAGCGCGCCAGUGGCCAUCUUGGCCCACGGCUUCCCUUACUCCAUCGACACCUACGUCGACGUGGUGCCGAAGCUGAGGGCGCAGGGAUAUCGUUUGAUUGUCCCGUAUAUGCGAGGCUACGGCACCACGACCUUCCUGUCUUCCACAACCCCCCGCAGCGCAGAGCAAGCCGCCCUGGGCAAGGACAUUGUCGACCUGAUGGACAGCCUGCACAUCGACAAGGCGAUAUUCGCCGGCUACGACUGGGGCACGGUGGCCGUCAACGCGGCGGCAGCCCUGUGGCCGGGUAGAUGCUCCGGCAUGGUUGCUGCAAAUUCAUACCUGAUCCAGAAUCGCCAGACGGCGUGGGCCUUCGCGCCUCCCGCGUCCCUGGCUAACCGCUGGUACUUUUACGUCCUUCUCACACCGCAAGGAUUCGGCGGCCUCGCCAAUGACACGCGGGGAUGGGCCGAGACGCUGUGGUCCAAGAACAGCCCGCGGUGGAACUGGACGCAAGCUGAGCUCGACGCUGCGGUUCCGGCGUUUCGCAACCCAGACUACGUCGAGAUCGCGACCAACUUUUACCGCAACCGCCUGCUUUACGCGCCUGGAGACCCGGCCUACGCUCAGUUGGCCGACAGGCUAGACUCGCUGCCUCCCAUCCACGCCCCCUCCGUGACGCUGGAUCCAGACCAAGCGCCAGUCUUUCCUGCAACCGAUGGAUCGUCCACGGCCCAGCACUUUGCAGGGCCUCGGGUGCAUCACGUCGUGCAUGGGUGCGGCGAGAACAUCCCCUUGCAGAGCCCCCAGGUUUUCGCAGACGCCGUCAUCGAGGUGGCGGCCCUGGGGGAAGUCAUGAUGUAA